UUUUAUUUUAGGUAUUUAUACUAUAUAUAUAUUGACCAAAAAUAUGGUUUUAGCAGAUUUAGGUAGAAAAAUUACAAGUGCUUUAAAAUCUCUGAGCAAUGCUACAGUUAUAAAUGAAGAGGUUUUAAACCUUAUGCUAAAAGAAAUAUGUGCAGCUUUACUUGAAGCAGAUGUCAAUGUUCAACUUGUUCAAAAAUUAAGAGCAAAUAUAAAAAAUGCAGCCAAUUUUGAAGAAAUGGCUGCUGGCACAAAUAAACGAAGACUUAUACAGCAUACUGUAUUCCAAGAGCUAUGCAAGCUAGUUGAUCCUGGAGUCAAAGCAUGGCAACCAAUCAAGGGAAAAAACAAUGUGAUAAUGUUUGUUGGACUACAAGGGAGUGGAAAAACCACAACUUGUACUAAGCUGGCUUAUUAUUACCAAAGGAAAGGUUGGAAGACAUGUUUAGUAUGUGCAGAUACAUUCAGAGCAGGUGCUUUUGAUCAAUUAAAACAAAAUGCUUUGAAAGCAAGAAUUCCAUAUUAUGGAAGUUAUGCUGAACCCGACCCUGCAGUAAUUGCAGCAGAUGGUGUUGAAAAAUUCAAAAAUGAAAAUUUUGAAAUAAUUAUUGUGGACACAAGUGGUCGCCAUAAACAAGAAGAUUCUCUUUUCGAAGAAAUGUUGCAAGUUUCUAAUGCUGUUUCUCCAGAUAACAUUAUAUUUGUUAUGGAUGCAUCUAUUGGUCAGGCUUGCGAAGCUCAGGCAAGAGCAUUCAAAGAAAAAGUUGAUGUUGCAUCAGUUAUAAUCACAAAACUUGAUGGUCAUGCAAAAGGUGGUGGUGCACUCAGUGCUGUUGCUGGAACUAGCUCUCCAAUAAUUUUUAUCGGAACUGGUGAACAUAUUGAUGAUUUUGAACCUUUUAAAACCCAACCGUUUGUUAGUAAAUUAUUAGGCAUGGGAGAUAUAGAAGGGCUUAUUGAUAAAGUGAAUGAAUUAAAACUUGAUGAGAAUGAAGAGUUGAUUGACAAACUUAAACAAGGUGUGUUUACACUUCGUGAUAUGUAUGAGCAGUUUCAAAAUAUAAUGAAGAUGGGUCCUUUUAGUCAGAUUAUGGGAAUGAUUCCAGGAUUUAGUAAUGACUUCAUAUCUAAAGGAAAUGAACAAGAGUCUGUUGCCCGCCUAAAGAAGCUAAUGACUAUGAUGGACAGCAUGAAUGACACUGAAUUGGAUAGUCCAAAUGGAGCAAAGUUAUUUACAAAACAGCCAAGUCGUUUGAGUCGAGUAGCUCAUGGUUCUGGUGUAUCAUCUCGAGACGUACAAGAACUACUUACUCAAUAUCAAAAGUUUGCACAAAUGGUUAAAAAAAUGGGUGGAAUUAAAGGUCUUUUCAAAGGUGGCGAUAUGGGUAAAAAUGUAAACCCGUCACAAAUGGCUAAAUUAAAUCAGCAAAUGGCAAAAAUGAUGGAUCCAAGAGUUUUACAUCAGCUAGGAGGUAUGGGAGGUCUUCAAAAUAUGAUGAAACAAUUUCAAGCUGCACCCGGUAUUGGAGGAGGGACAGGAGGAGGUUCAAAGUCCAGAAAGAAGUAAUUUUAAGUUACAUUAGUUACGGCGGAUAUGUAACGCUAGAAGUUUUACAAGCAAAUGGCGGUAUCGUGUAAAAAAUAAUAAAUGUUUCUAAUUGUAUUGAAUUUUCCAUAUUAUAUACUUAUCUUUUUUAUUUA